CCACCGGGUCCUGGGGAAGAAAUUAGGGUCCAAUUGAAAAUUGGGAUUGAUUCAACUUCAAUCACACACACACAGACAAGACAGACAGUCGAUUAUCGUCCCAAAAACCAUGCCUAUUAAAUGGGUAUUGCACUGGCAGCCAAAUGCGGGACAUACAGUCAACAGUCAAAUACUUGCAGAGGUAUCACAGUGUGUGGAGAGCAUCAACGGUGUCAAGGAAGGCAAAUGGAAAGCCACCCUCAGUUUUUACCGUCCCGUUAUCAAAGAGCAAGGAAAUGCGUCAGAGUUUCCGCGUGACUUUCUAGGAAUAUCACUACCUGAACAGCCCAACAAGUACUACCUUGUUUUACGAGGGCAACGUUUAGUUGUUGAAGCUGAUUCCACUAUCCAGACUAUCAUGGAGAAACUCCAGUCUUACAAAACUCGAGUCGCUCUCAAUUUUGAGGGAUUUCAAUAUCAGCUUGGCGAUUUCCAGUUGAGGGUCGGUAAAGUUACUUCCAUAGUUCACUCUGAAAAUCUAAGGGGAAUUGUUAUGGAGAUGGAGUAUAAACCCAUUUCUACAUGGGAGAAGUCUCAAAAAAUCAUGGCCGAGUUCUUUGACAUAUGGCUAGAAGCUCUGUCUAAAAGACGAUUACCAGGUCAUUUUGUACACAUGGAACCGAACUUUGGGGAGUUUGGGCUCUCGGGGCAAUACACCAUGCAACACACUGCUGUUCAGUAUGCCACAAUUAUGCUUCAGAUGAUAGCUACCGCUCAAUCCGUUAGAAACUAGAAGGAUUUCAGAUCUUCAAAGCAACAAAAACGGUUAAAGUUGUUUGGUCAUGCAUUUGAGUUUGUAAAAUCAAACCGGGUUAGGCUCUUGUGAUUUGUAAACUGAUCUUGUUAUAAGCUGAAAGUUUGAAAUUUUUUUAUCAA